AUGCGUUUCACUAUUCCCCUCCUUGCCGCCGCUGGCGUUGUCAGCGCUGGUCUUUACGAGACCAUCGAGAAGAGAGAGGAUACCUGGGGUGGAAGUGUCUCCCUCGGUCCCACCAAGUCGACCAUCACCAACGCAGUCACCACUCUGAUUCCUGGAGCUGCUCCCCCCACCCAGAACGGCGUUCUCUUCCUGUGGCCUGGUAUGUCCAACGGAACCGGUGAUCUCGUCCAGACCACCCUUGAGAGCUGGGCCGACAACUCCUGGUGCGGUGCCUCCUCCGGCCAGUGGUGCGUGCGCGCCAGUCUCUUCGGCAGCUUCGGCCAGCUUGAUGGCGACAGCUCCGCCGUCAGCGGAACCGACCAGGUCCGCAUCGAGUACAACUUGGAGUCUGAUGGACAGACCUGGAAGCAGUAUGUUUGGCAAGAAAAUCGUGGUAGCCAUAAACUAACGGGCACAGGACCGUCACCAACGGCGAGACUGGUGAUCUUCUUUCUUCCUUCUCUCACGCUUCCGGACCUUACAUGCGCGGGUACGUUCUUUCAUGAAGAAAUUUCUGGAAUUAUGCUAACUUCUAAUAGAUACGGUACCGGAACUGAGUGCAACGAUGGCUGCACUGGCACCGUUGCUGCCCAGAAGUACAAGGACACUGUUAUCACUCUUGCUGAGGCUGAUACCACCUUCGGCUCCACCAUCUCCAAGGCUGCCGGUGCCACUUACAGCGGACUCACCUCCAGCCAGGGCGGCAAGGUCUGGACCAUCGCCGAGAUCAACAUCCCUGCCAUGCAGUAA